AUGGCAUCCUCCUUCUUUUCGGAAUUCGGCCUCCCGUGGUACCUGAAGGAGCUCAGCCAGAAGGAGUUCAGCAGUUUUAAGGAGAAACUCAAGCAGGAACCUCUGCGCCUCGGGCUCCAGCAGAUGCCCUGGGCUCGCGUGAAGAAGGCCACCCAGGAAGGCCUGGCCUCCCUGUUGAUCCUUCAUUAUACAGAAGCGCGGGCCUGGGACGUGGCCUUCACCAUCUUCCCCAAGAUCGACUGGGAGGACCUCUGCCAGAAGGCCAGGAAGGAGCGUGGAAGACACGCGAAGGCCUACCGCGCUCACGUCCAGGAGAAAUUCUGCGAUGUGUGGUCCCGGGACACCGUCCUGCACGGUCAUGGACACGUCGACAGGGUGCUCACCCAGAGAGAGCACCGGUGCCUGGAGCAUCUCUUCGCCCCCAGGGAGCCCGGGAGACGGACAGUGAUCCUGACAGGCGCCCCGGGGGUGGGCAAGACCACCGUCCUGGCGAAGCUGAUGGUGGCCUGGGCGGAGGGCAUGCUCUACCAGGGACGGUUCUCCUACGUGUUCUACCUGUGCUGCCGGGAGGAGGCACCGCGGGCGGUGGCCACCAGCCUGGCUGCCCUGGUCUGCAGGGGCUGGUCCGACGCCCUCGCCCCCGCCGCCGCCGCCGACAUCGCCUCCGAGCCCGAGCGGCUCCUGUUCAUCCUCGAUAACUUGGGCUUCGAGGAGCUGGCGCACGACCUGGACAGGCCCGAGUCAGACCUGUGCGGCGACUGGAUGGAGCCGCGGCCCGUCCGGCUGGUCCUGAGCAGCCUGCUGAGGAGGAAGCUGCUCCCGGAAGCCUCCCUGCUGGUGGCCACGGCGCCCGCCUACGCGCGUCUCCUCGAGCCCAGGCUGGGGCGCCCGGAGAUCCAGACCCUCCCGGGGCUCACGGAGGACGAGAUGCUGCUGAGCUUCGGCCGCAUGUUCGGGAGGAGGCGGUGGAUGGGCACCGUCACUUUCCACCUCGUCCGGGCCAACAAACAGCUGCUGUCCAUGUGCCGGAUCCCGGCCCUGUGCUGGGCCACAGGUGCGUGUCUGAAGCAGGAGAUGGAACGGGGGAGGGACCCAGCGCUGGCGUGCCGGCGGGCCACCUCGCUCUAUUCCUCCUUCGUCUUGAACCUGUUCAUGCCCAAGGGGGCCCUCUGCCCGUACGAGAGGAGCCGGGCCCGGCUGGAGGGCCUGUGCGCCCUGGCCGCCGAGGGCAUGUGGAGCGGCACGUCUGUGUUCGGGGAGGAGGAUCUCCGGAGACACGGGCUGGCGGGCCCUGACAUCCCCGCCCUGCUGGACUCCAAGGCCCUUCUCCGGGGCCCCGGGGGCUCCUCGUACACCUUCCUGCACCUGUGCAUCCAGGAGGUCUGCGCCGCCCUGUUCUACUUCAUCAAGGCCCACGGGGACCGCCCGAGCCCGUCGGUGGGCCGUGUCGGGGCCGCGAUGGCCGCCCACAUGAGCGGGACCAAGGCCCCGUGGCUCUUCCUGCCGUGCUUCCUCUUCGGCCUCCUGAACGAGAAGGAGCAGCAGAAGCUGGGGGCCUUCUUCGGCGCCCGCCUGUGCCCAGGGGAGGUGCGGCGGGCCGUGGAGCGGCACCUGCGGGGCGUCCGGGAGGGCCUCCGGGAGUGGCUGGACGCGCGGGUGCUGUACUACUGCCUCUUCGAGAUGGAGGACGAGGCCUUUGUGCGCUGGGCCGUGGACCUGUUUCCGGAGACGUCCUUCCUGGUCACCCACCCCACGGACCUGGUCGUCCUCGCCUACUGCCUGGCGCGCGGCUCGGCCUUGAGGAAACUUGGCUUCUCCAUCCAAGGCGUCUUCGUGGCCACCUCCAGGACAGAUGACCAGCUCCUCUAUUGGGAUAGCAUCUGCUCCGUGCUCACGGCGAAGGAGAGCCUCGAGGAAUUCCGACUGAGUGACUGUCACCUCUCCGGGCCGGCCCUGGUGACCCUGAUCAAUCAUCUGAAGCACCCCAGGUGUCGCCUUCCGGUGCUGAUGAUGAAUAAUGUUUCCUUCUCCGCCGAAAGCUGGUGUUUCUUUGAGGUGUUCAGUCAUAGCCCGGGGUUAAAACACCUGGAUCUCAAUGGCACCAGCAUCUCCCACGACGACUGCAAGUUGCUGUGUGACGCCUUGAACCACCCCGCCUGCAACAUCGAGAAGUUACUGCUGGCGGGGUGUGGCCUCUCACCGGAGGACUGUGAAGGCUUCAAGGAGGUCCUGACGAGGAGCACGACGCUGAAGAUUCUUGACUUAUCCUACAACCGCCUGGGCCACGGGCUGUCCCUGCUGUGUGAGGCCCUGCGCCUGCCAGCGUGUGCUCUGAGGGGUUUGGGGUUAGUUGGCUGCCAGCUCAAGGAACCUUGCUGGGAACACCUCCGAGACGCCAUCCUGGGUAACGGGAACUUGGCCCAUCUAGACCUCAGCAUAAACGACCUGAAAGACGAAGACUUGAACCUUCUCAGCGAGGCCUUGAAACAGCCAUCCUGCUCCCUGACGUCCCUGGGUUUGUCGAACUGUUCCAUAACUGCCAAUGGCUGUCGGGACCUCGCCUCCAUCCUCACGGGAAACCCAAACCUGAGAAUUUUGCAAAUCGGGCGCAACAACGUAGAAGACGACGGCGUGAAGCUGCUGUGCGAAGCUCUGCUGCAUCCCAGCUGCUGCUUGGAGAGGCUUGGGCUGGAGGCGUGCCAGCUGACCAGCACCUGCUGCGAGGACCUUGCGUCUGUUCUCACCUGCAGCCGAUGCCUCAAGGAGCUCCACCUGGCUGGGAACCCCUUGGACCGCCGCGGGGUGCAGUUGCUGUGCGCAGCCCUCAGGCACCCAGGGUGCGGGCUGCAGACUCUGGGGCUGAAUAAAGCUGAAUUUGACGCAGAAACCCAGGAGCUCCUGGCGGCCGAGGAAGAGAGAAACCCCUGCUUGACCAUCACCCAUCAGUGA